AUUAUGCGAUUUUUGAUACGUUAUAUAAGAAAUGCUUAAUAUAUUUUUACAAGUGUUUAAAAGAAGCCUUUACUUAUUCUUAUUUUGUCCAUCUUCCUCAUGACAAGAAUCUUUGCUUGACCAAAGAUUUAGAUGUAUUUGGAAGCAAGGAGGAAUUUCCAUUUCGUGCAAUGUUGUGACAUAGUGCAGUUUUCAAAUGUCUUAAUUUAGCAUAUGUGCAUUCUUCACACAAGAAGACACACAGACAGACAAGAUUAACACAACGGCCAAGAAAAUCAUCCACACUAAAUCCAAGUGUCAAAAAUAAUAAUGAAGAUAUUACAACAAUAUCUAAAUAUGAAUCAACAACCAAUGAAGCAAUAGGUUUCCACACAGUCAUCACUGGACAUUCAACUCUACAAACGCUAUUUUCUUCCUCAUCGCCGCCACCGUCAACGCCAAAUACGGACAGUUCUACAGCACAAAGAGAAACAAACGGACGAUCAACACCUCGAUCAAAGAUUUCAACUGUUCUUAAUUCAAAUGUCACCUAUAAAAAUGACAUUAUUACAAGAACUUCAAAGUGUGAACCAACAAACGAUAAAAAACCUACCAUCAGUCCACACACUAUCACCAACAAAGAAAGAACUCCGCGAAUGCUAAAUUUUUCAUCUCCCCGGUCACCAUCUACACUGCAUCAUAACAAAAAAUGUCUUUCACAUAGUUGCCAUCACAGACCGAAUUUGAAACAUCAUCCAUUAUACGGAGUUAAUCCUAAAGAUGCUAUCAAAAGUUUUAGAUCAAAAUUACCUAACUUAAAAGGUGAUAGGGGAUAUAUUGAGGAACUUGUAACAAACAUAUCGGUUGUCCUUCAUACUUCAAAUUCCGAAAAUCGAACAGACAAAUCUCAAGAAGUUAUUAAUUUACUACGUGAUGUGGCUGAUAAACUGUCUGAUGUUUUGGGGCAUCCUGAAAAUGCAACAGAUGCAGAUAUAGAGGCAACCGGGUAUAAUCUAGUAUUCGGUGUCCGCAAUAUCAACUUUAAACUCUUCAAUGGUUACCAUUUUCCAAACACAUUAAAUGGAAAUUGGACAUCUAGUGAAUUUGUAGAUUUGCCCAACAAUAUAUUCAACUUCGUUAACAGGACAGGAAGGGCUUAUGGAAAAAUUGUUUCUAUGAUUUUUGAGCCAGUUAAACAAAUGAAUGAAGAUGCCAUCAAAAGCAAUUCAAUAAUAUAUGAGAAAGUAAUCUCCACAUCUAUUGUUCCAAAAUUGAAGAAGGACUUACACCAUGAUCACGUAAUCAGACUGUACUUUCAAAAGGGAAAUAACACUCAGGAAGUGGAUCAUGAAUGUGUAUUUUGGAAUUAUACUUUAUCAAAAUGGUCGACAAACGGUUGCAGAGUUGAUGAUGGCAUAUCAAACGAAACUUAUGUCGUUUGCAAUUGUGUUCAUUUGACAGACUUUUCUAUCCUUAUGCGAGUUCGAGAGAAUAACUUGUCUACGAUUGAUCAAAAGGCUUUGCACUGGAUUACAGUUAUUGGUUGUGGAAUAUCAUCGACUUUUCUACUACUUACAAUCUUCGUCAUAUUGUCAUCAAGUGCUCUACGAAACCAAGAUCGGUACAAGAUUCAUAUCAACCUUUCCAUUUCUUUAAUAUUUGGAAACCUGCUUCUUUUAAGUGUAGAUAAGAUCAAGGAAAAUAAGGAAACUUGCAUCACCUUUGCUGUUUUGAUGUAUUAUUUUUACAUGUCUUCGUUUUGUUGGAUGUUAUGCGAAGGGGUUUUUAUCUACCGUGCAUUGAUUCGUGUUUUUACUGAAAGAGACAGAUUUAUCUGGUAUGCCAUCUUGGGAUGGGUUUUGCCAUUGGCAAUAGUGGCAGCAUGCGCAAUUACACUGGAAAUAGAAAUGAUCGACACAUAUAGUUGCUGGCUUUCGUGGAGAAAUCAUGCAGUGUGGGGAUUUGUUGUUCCUGCGAUAAUAAUUAUCAUUAUCAAUGCGAUUGUGAUACUCACGUCAUUGGGUGUGACAAUGAAACACGUGAAACAAACAAAAGAAGGAACCUUCAAAACGUAUGUUCGUUUGACAUUCUUCCUUCUGCCGAUAUUUGGAACAACGUGGAUUUUUGGCAUUUUGGCUUUUCAUAAAGACUUGAAACUAUUCCAGUAUAUAUUUGCAAUCUUAAACUCGCUACAGGGUUUCUUCAUAUUCGUAUUUUAUAUUUGUUGCAGUCGAGAGGUACGAAAACAUCUUCUGGGAACAAAAGUUUCAAUUUUUGCUGAAUCUCAAAUAUUUCCAACAAAGGGACAUGGUAACUUAUCUACGGCGCAAACCUGACUGUAAAAACGUUGUCGGUCCUGUAACAAAACAUUAGUGAAAGUACGGCAAAACUGUUUUAGCAAAAAGCUCGUGGUUGAUUCGACUUCGAAUGAAUUUGAUACAUAUACGUAUUUGUACUAACGAAUUAUAGUGUCAUAGUGUCAUAAAAAAAUAUUAUAGUGUUUCGGAUGAAAUAUAUGUUUCGAAAAAUAACUUUUCCGUAACUUUAGGGGAAACAAAUAUACAGUUCGUAACCGUUGUUACUCGUCAUAUUAAAACAGUCGGCCAGCAUUUUUUAUUUAGCGAAACAAAUUUGCAAAAUUUAUUGUCAGUUUACAUAAACACACUCCUAAAGUCUGUUGUUAUAAAAUUAAUAGUUGGGAAUAAUAUAAACUUUAGACCACCUUCAAAGUUUAUAUUACAGUAAAAUGUUUAGCUACGUAACUGCACUUAGCAUACGAAAGAUAAUUUAAAAACUUUGUUCCAGACA